UAAUGGAGAAUGAUUAAUUUGCUCCAAAACCUUAUAAAAAAGAGCUCUUUAUUUUUAAAGAGUUUCUUGAUGGUAUGAGAAAUCUGUGCGAUAAGUAUCAAAAAAUAUUGCCACAUAUAAAACAGAUCAGAAAGAGACCUAAAAAAUAUAAAAAGAGAAAUAAAGAUCCUUAAGCUCCAAAAAUGCCAUAAUCAGCAUUUAUCUUUUAUUUCAAAGCAAUGAAAUAAACAUUUUAAAAAGAAAAUUAAGGUAGAAUUUAAACUAAAUAUUUAGGUAAGCAAUUUUAAGAAAUAACAUCAUUAAUAGCCAAAAAAUGGAAUGAAUUAACUUAAGCUGAAUAAGAAGUAAACAUAUAUAUGUAUAUAAAUUUGUAGCCUUAUUAAAAACUUUCUGAAGAUGACAGAAAAAGAUAUAAUGAAGAAUAAAAAUAAUACUCUGUUAUCUCUUAAUAAUCAUUUAGCAAAUAUUUAUAAAAAAAAUUCAGAUAUGAUUAAGGAGAUAUUGAUAGAGAAGAUAUUUAACCAAAAUAAGAAGAAGAAGAAGAAGAUUCAUUUGGAGGAAAUAUAAUCUAAAAUCAUUCUUGA